AUGGUACAUUUGGGAAGUAAACCAUUUCGAGGCAAAAAGGAGCAGGAAGCAUACGACCGGACGUUUGGUGGGAGAUACCAGAAGUUGUUGCGGAAGAACCACUUUUUAUACUUUGGGUUGCCAUUCAUUAUUUCGAUUGUGGCAGGCUCGUUGUAUUUGCAGAAGUUCACGGCGGUCAAGUGGGAGAAAUACGAUGAGAGAUACAGACAGGUGGGCGAAGAGGAGAUGUUGUCGAUGAUCGAGAAAAAGAGACCAGUGGACAAAAAGAACGAUUAUUAUAGGUUGCAGGGGCUCUUGCAUGACCACGAGAAUGAGGUGAGCUCUAACGACGACUACGAGAUCGUGAGAGUGAAGAGAAAGAAGGAGGACGAGCCAGUGUGGUGA